CCUCGUGGGUUUAAGACAAAUUCUCAAAAACCCGGAUCUGAAAAGCCUCUAUCAAUCGUUUCGUCGUGGUGGAAGUGGAACAGCGGAAGAAUUGCAGAUUGAAGAAGGAAUAAAAAAUCAAGGAGAGGUUGAAUCCUGAGAUUCAUGGCAGGGCCGGGGAGCUCCAUGCUGUACUCGUUUCUUCUAUUUGCUGUCAUCCUCUCGCUUCAGGAGAUGUAUAGAGGGAAAUUAGCAUCUUCAGAGUUAUUUACCAUACUCGGAGGCUUCAUCAGCUCUCUAAUAUUCGUUGUAUUGCUAACAUUCAUAGGGAAUUUCCAGGAAGCAUGUGGCAUCAGAACUGGGUGGGGUGCUGUUUUAUUAGCAGAAGCUAUUGCUUUAGUUGCAGCUAGCACAGUGCAUCGAGUUUGUGUCACAACAUGUUUUGAAUGGAGGAACCCUUUGAGGUCCAAGUAUCCUUGCUUGAUAUCUUGAGGUGAACUGCGGUUGCUUGCCACCUCCCACCUCCAAGAUUUACCAUAAAUACUUUGGGCAACAAAUUUUACGCAGUGGUUACUAUGACUGCGUGGGGUGAUGUGAGAAGCUUCUAUGGGGACACAACCGAUACUCCCGAUGCAUCCAUUGAAAUGGCUGCCCGAGUGGCCAGCAAAUAUCUGCGAUCAUGUCGACAGAUCAACAUAAGGGAUGCAAGCUUCGAUGCCAUGAAAGAGUACCAACGUAUUUGCCUUGAACGGGAGGCCGAACUCGAGGACGUGAGGACAGCAUAUCUAGCAUUGAGACGUGAGUUUUUGCAAUUGCGUGACGAGGUGGAAUGCUUGUGGAAUAUCAAUACACGAAAUGAUGGAAGCGGUCACCAUUAAUGAGAUCAGACUGUGUCUAAAUGAUUGGAUGUUUAUGCCGGAUCAAACAUUUUGCCUGUAAUCUGUUUACGUAAACUUGUUUUUGUAAAAGUACUUUCUUUCAUAA